GCGCAACUGCACUUCGCCUUCAGCAAUUCCAUUCCAAAUACCAACUUGUCGAAGAAGGGAGUGGAAAGUGGUACCAGCAUACCAUCAGAACCCAGAACGGUGCACUGGUGCAGUACUCAACCACGUUUCGUGCCUCGUUCGCCAUAUCCACAAUGUAAUCGCUAUAAAAAUCCGGCCACGCCAAUAACCCAGAAAAUGGGUUCCAAAAUCGAAUACGUGGACUCCUCCCAAAUAUACGCCACAAGUUACGUGCGAAACUCGAAAGCCAUUGGCGUGCUGUGGGCGAUUUUUUCGAUAUGCUACGCCAUCAUCGUGGUGGUGUCCUUCAUCACCCCCGAGUGGAUAGGGGUUUCAGAGGGUGAGACGCCCGGAAAACUCGGCUUGUGGUCGGUGUGCUACGCGGGUGAAAAUGGCGAGCGUUGUACCGGGAAGUACCUGGAGAAUUUCAUGGAUGUGCCGAUCGCUUUCCAAGGAGCUACGAUCCUGGUGGCUGUCGCUUGUUUCACGGCGGUUUUGACGGUGUGUGCCAUGGUUUUGUUCUUUUUUUGCCAUUCCACGACUGUUUUUCACGUCUCAGCUUGGUUGCAAUUGAUUUCAGCGGCCUGUCUGAUAAUAGCCUGCUCUUGCUACCCACUCGCGUGGUCCUCCUCCACAGUGCGAGACCUGUGCGGCGCCGAGGCCGACAAUUACCUGCUGGGGGUGUGCACCAUCCGCUGGGCCUACGUCCUGGCCGCCAUUGGGUGCCUGGACGCGGUCAUCCUGGCGACCCUGGCUUUCAUCCUGGCCACGAGGCACGUCAAACUGCAGGCCGAUCCGCAGUACUCCACUGCCACCAGUUUGUUCAAAGGAGAGAUGAACAGUGGCUUCAUGGGAGACUCGGCUAGUGUAGCAGGAUCCAGGAAAUCUAUGGGUGUCCACCCAGUACUGAUGGUCCAUCCAGGUCAAGAUGACACCUAUUCUCAGUUUUCCCAAAGGACUGUUCCAAGAUCCAUCCACUCUGGUCACUACUCACAUCCACAUUCGUUGCAUAGGAAUUUUCAGUUGUAG